UUCCUAUACAUUGUCUACCUAAAGUCAAUACAUACAUAUACACAUACAUUUUGUGCAUUAAUUUAUGUCAUUAUGGAGAAUGGCCAAGCGCUGGAGACAACCAACGUAUCCACAAACACCGUUGGUUUGCGGCCCAAACACAUUUACGGUCUGCGAACCGAUAUUGUGGGCAACAUACAUUUCAAUCUGCAACAGGAGGUCAUUUAUCCCGUUGAAGGUGUAUUGGCCUUUCAUGAUUUUGUUGAGAAUAAACAGCAUUUUCUUAGAUUACCCGAGAAUACCAUACCUUUAAUCAUUCAAAUCAGUCCUCAUCGUAGACUAUUGGCAAUUUUAGAAGAAUUGAAAAGCAAAGGAAACAAUGGCAAAAAUGGUGGCAUUAAGACCAUCUCCAUAUAUGAUUUGCACACGCUAAAGAAACGACGCACCCUAGACCUGCCAAAUGGCUCAAAAACUGCGACCAUCAAGCAACUCCUUUUUACAGGUGACUCCAAGGGGCUGACCAUACUCACCCAAUCGCCCGAGGAAAUGCUCUACAUGAUACUACUGGACAAAUUGGGUACUGUAUACGAGGGUCGACCUUGUCCACCCAAUACACGUUGUACUGCUGAAUGCGUUGCUUGCAAUCCUCAAGAUACCAGCCUCCUGGCUGUGGGAGGCAAUAAUCUGCUUUUAUUGCAAUCCAAGUCGGAUAAGGGCUUCAAUACCACCAAUACCUUAAAAUCUAACUUUGUCACCACAUCAAUGGUCUUCUUGGCCAUGGAUCUGUUGAUGGUGGGCACCGACGAGAAUGAACUGAUACUUGUGGAAAAUGGUGAGUUCAAAUUGCGCCAAAAGGCCAGUGAUGCGGAAACUUUUGAUUUACUCAUCGAUCAGGAGGCAUUCGAUCGGGAGCAAGAGCAACGUCCUGUUAACUACACCAAAUUGUUUGAUACCCGAGUGUUAUGCAUGACCGCCUUUGGAAAGGGUUUCGCUUUUGCCAUCUUCAAUCAGGUCUUUGUUUUCGAGAGAGUUUCCAAAUUCAAAUUCGAACGCAAGACCAUACUCACCAUACCCAUCACCAUUUAUGCGGAAGCUUUGUAUCAAAUCACCAAUUUGGCGGUGGAUAGCAAGCAGGAGACAGUCAUAGUCACCACUCUACACUCCCAGAUAUAUGUGGGAGUGCUAAUAGUUCCCGAAACCUUGAAGGCCAAAGAAUUGAAUUUUCAGCCUAUGGGAGCUUUGGUACAUAUUGGCGAUGUGGUGGAUAUAUCCUUAUGCUCCUGGAAGCCUAUCAUAAUGACGGCAUCCAAGGACCAAACCAUACGUAUAUGGAACUAUGAAACCGAGAAGGUAGAGUUGGUGCGCAAAUUUCAAGUUGAUGUCAAUAUUGUGGAAUUGAACUCUACCGGGCUUAUGGCUGCCAUAGGUUUCUCGGAUCAGUUGCGUAUAACCCAAAUAUUCAUGGAGGAAUUAAAUAUUGUUAAGACUUAUAACUUUCCUCGCUGCAAGGAUGUCAAAUACUCCAAUUACGGCCACUUGAUGGCAGCUGCAUACAACAGCACCAUAGCCAUAACCUCGGUUUACAAUCUGGAAGUCUUGAUCAGCCUCAAGGGCCACAAUGGCACCGUUCUCUCAGUGGACUGGACCAAAAAUGACAAAUAUCUCAUAUCCGGAGGAAAUGAGGGGGCUAUCUAUCAAUGGGAUGUGGAGACUGGAAAUCGGCUGCAGGAAAUCGUACAAAAGGGCACAGAAUAUGUUUCGGUUUGCUCCACCUUCAAUGAUCCUUUGUCGAUUUUUGGUGUUACAAACUCGGGAUUUUUGCGAGAAUUUCAGAACUCUGAAAUUGUUCGAGAGGUUAACAUACCUUCCACCACCAAAUGCAAACUGACUGAUGUGGCUCUGGCGCGUUCCGACACCAUUAUGUUUGUUGCCAAUGAAGUGGGAGAUUUAGUAAAUAUUCAGCUGCCGUUCCUAGAUGCAGGUGGUGGUACCUGCACCAACUUUCGUUUCUUUAAUUCCUCCGUUAACAAGCUGAGAUUCUCCUACGAUGGCACUCUGUUAAUGGCCGUCUCCAAGGCUGGCACUUUGGCCAUAUGGGUCUUGGAGAAUAUUGAAGGCAAGGUGGCGAGCAUGGAUCAAGAUCUCUUGAGAUCGCAAGAGGUGCUCAUACCACGAGCCAUCUUGGAGGGUAAGAAUGACCAAAUCAUCAAUCUGGAAGUUCGACUCAAGCAACAGGCCGAAGAGUUUAAAUAUCAACUCUCCCAAAAUGAGAUAUUCGAUGGCCAACAAUUGGCGGAGGUUCAUCGCAGCUAUCGCCGGGCUCUGGACGAACUGAAGAGGUUGAAUAACGAUCUGGAGGAACGCCACGCAAUGGAGAUGAAUAAAAUCUCCUACGAAAUAAACGAAAUGAAGGAGGAACACAAAAAACAACUGGAUAACCUGGCCACCCAGUAUUCGGAGCGCAUGUUAAUCGAAUACCAGAAAUUCUCCAACCUGCGAGAGAAUAUGCUGGAACUGCGGGAGAGCUAUGAAGGAAAACUCAAGAAAUCGGCGGGCACUUUGCAGGAUACGGUUGAAGGUCUAGAGAAUGAUUACAAAAAACAAUUGGAUGAGCGCCGCGAAUUGAUACGAGAGCUGAUGAAGGAAAUGCAAGACAAAAAGACCGAAUUCACCGAGUACUGUAAGCAGGCAGAAGCGGACAAUGAACGCGCCAUGAGUGAAACCCAAGAGAAAUACGAAAAGAAACUUCUCGCCGAGAGAGAGGCUACGGAGCUGUGGCGUGGUCGCGCCGGUGUCUUGCAGAAAAAGUUCGAAGGCCUCACCAAGGAGGUGGACAAUCUGCUGGAGGAGGUGGAAACGCUUAAGGAGCAACACAGCAAGUCCCAGCGAAAUAUAGCCAAAUUAAAUCGUACCAUCGAAGAUCUCCAGAAGGAUAUCACAGAUCGGGAUCAAUGCAUUGGCACAAAGGAGAAGCGCAUACAAGAGCUGCAACACAAAAAUCAAGAGCUCAACAAAUACAAACAAGUCUUGAACCACCAAAUAACCGAGCUUAAGGCUCAAAUCGAACCACGGGAAUUCCAGAUUAGCGAGAAACGAAAGCACAUUCUAGAAUUGGAAAACGAAUUAGCCGGUCUCAGCCACAACAAUACCCAACUGGAAUUGCAGUUGAAGGAUCUCCGCGACAAGUACAUCAGCAAUGUGACCGAGCUGAAGAUAGAACGCCAUAGGGCUCGCGCUGGUCGUGAAUGCCUGCAAACUAUCUGCAGCGAAAUCUAUCACAUGGCGGGACUCAUCAAUUCACCUGACAAACUGAAGACAGCUGUUCGCGAACUCUUCCAGCGGCAUGCCAAUGAUGACGAAUUGAAACGUUUCAUCUCGCUCGAUUCCAAAGUGAGAGAUGAAUUCCAGCGACAACGCCAUCAAAUCGAAAAAGUUUUGAAAAUCUAUUCAAAGCGAGAGGAGGAUAAAACUCAAAAGCGUAAAUUCGACAAGAUUUUCAAAGAGAAUGUCAUACUGCUGGAGGAAAUCGAUAAAAUUCGCGAAGAGAAUAAGACCCUAAGGGCGCACUUGAAACGCGAAAUGAGUUCAAAGAAGAUGAUAAGGAAUCCACCUUCCGCCAAUGUGAGUCGCAAAUCGGCUACGGUCAGAGUGGAGGAGAUCAAAGAUGCUUUGCAGGAUUACAGCGAUAAUGGAACUGACUACGAUGGAGCAGUGGGUGGGGAAUUGUAAGAGAAACCAUUGUGAGGCUUAUUUUUUGAAAAUAAAUAGGAAUUUUGUAAUUUUUAUCGAAUUUUAAAAGAAAAAUUAUUGAUUGUAAAACUGA